AUGGAUCGUGGCCUCUCAACAGGCACCCAACAGCCCGAUGGUGGGCUGCGGGAAAGAGCUGUGACUUCUCAGGCCGACCUAAACGUCAUUACUGAGAACCCCACCGUCAAGGAUGCGGACAAUGGCAAGGACAAAGCCGGCAAGACAUUUGGUCGAACUCCAGACGGUACAGUUUUCACCGUACCUCAAACCCAUGAUAUGGUCUCCCAGCUCUUGUCACCCUCUGAGCCAAAGAACCUCUCUGACCUCGCGGUAUUGACGAUACUGGUUGCCCAUAUCGUACUACUGUGGAAACUUCCUUCAGAUGCGAAAAUUCCCGUCUUUGCGGUUAUUUACCUCUUCUGGCGCUCAUGUUACAAUGCGGGGAUCGGUUGGUUACUUCACAACCAGUCCCACCACAAGACCCUUGUUCGCUGGGCCGAGAAGUCUCAGAUCUUCGUGAACCCGGCUACUGGCAGGAACCCCUACCCUCAAUUAUAUCAUUUGAUCAAGCGUGAAUUGGAGACCAAGAUUCCCAAGGACUACUCUUUCGAGGAAGCCCCGCUUGAGUAUAACACCUGGCUUGUCUUCAGACGCCUUGUGGAUCUGAUCUUGAUGUGCGACUUCGCCUCCUACUGCCUCUUUGCGAUAGCUUGUAGUCGCCAUCCUGCUGACGAAAGCGUGCUAAUGACCGUUGUCCGAUGGAUAUCUGGCAUCGCUCUAUUCUUGUUCAACCUCUGGGUCAAACUAGAUGCCCACCGCGUGGUCAAGGACUAUGCCUGGUAUUGGGGUGAUUUCUUCUACCUCAUCGACCAAGAGUUGACCUUUGACGGGGUAUUUGAGAUGGCACCCCAUCCCAUGUAUUCCGUUGGAUAUGCUGGUUAUUACGGGAUCUCGCUGAUGGCGGCAAGCUACAAAGUGCUGUUCAUCUCUAUCAUCGCCCAUGCAGCUCAAUUCGCAUUUCUCGUGUUGGUCGAGAACCCACAUAUUGACAAGACGUACAAUCCUCCUCCACCACGGAAGCGUACUAUCACCGAGCAGGACACGCUCUCGGAUUCUCCAAACGCGCCAUCCGUAUCCGAAGAAAAUGUUCCCAACGCGACAACGUUCAGCAGCCCACCUCCGGCCAUUCACAACCUUAUAGGGCUCCACAAUCUAGACCUUCAUAGAAUCACGGACAGCUCCUCAACCCUCGUCCAGGUCCUCAUGUUCUCUCUGACUGUCCUGACGCCUUCAACACCCUGGUACCAGUUCCUUUUCGUGGUCAAUGCGGCCAUUUGGAGGCUCUGGUACUCGUUGGGCGUCGGGUGUCUUCUCAACAAGCAGUCCAAUUGUAAAUCGUGGACCCGACACUUUGUCAAAUAUGGCGAAACACCUCACGAGGCAUGGAACCAGUGGAAAGGUACAUAUCACCUAAGCAUGAUCAUGUGCUACGCAAGCUUCAUUGCAGCCGUAUGGAAGAUGUAUACCUUCCCAUCUGACUGGGGUUACGGUCUCGUCAUCUUGCGUCAUGUGCUGGGAGCUGGGCUUAUCUCUCUGCAGAUCUGGACCUCAGUGAGCAUCUACGAGUCACUUGGCGAGUUUGGCUGGUUCUACGGAGAUUUCUUCUUCGAUGAAUCCCCUAAAUUGACCUACAAUGGCAUCUAUCGCUUUUUGAACAAUCCUGAGCGUGUCUUAGGGCUCGCAGGAGUCUGGGGUGCGGUUCUCAUCACUGCCAGCGGAACAGUCGCGUUCCUCGCCUUCUUAAGCCAUAUCCUCAGUCUAGCCUUUAUUCAAUUCGUGGAGCGACCUCAUAUGCAGAAGCUCUACGGCAGAAGCUUGCGUCAAGAUGCUGGACUCGUGAAGAGCCUAAAGAAGUCAUUACCUCCAUCUCUAAGACAACUUCAUGGAAGCGUGGACAAGAUGUUCGACGACUCAUACGAGUUCAUUGAGGAAAUCAUCGAUGCCGCACGACCGAAACUCGCGGCCGGUGUAAACACCUUCGUUCGGGAUACAACGGCCCUUUUCCAAAAUUAUCCAGCUCGUGUCACCAUCUCGCGCAUCGAUGCCGAUCUGGCUGGGUACGACCUACGGGACUACUCUCUCUCUGUCGAAGCAAGCCCGCUGCCUCUAGAUGAGGGCGACCUGGGCAAGGAGGGCGACAAUGCUCGCACGCCUCUUGAUCGCCGUGGUGACUUAUGGAACCUAGUCUUCACAUACGGCGCUCCGGUAAAGGUCAAGUGGACUGCACCCCUCAACCACAGCAAGAAGGACUGGAUCGGCCUUUACAAGGUCACCGACAACACCUCUCGAGAAGUUACCCGUGUAUCCUCCCAAGGAAGAUGGGUCGCCGUCAACGAAGGCUCCUACGACAACCUCACCUGCGAGCAGGGAAUCAUCACCAGCGACGUGGUCGUUUCAAGCACCAUUGAUCCAGAAAAGCUGAUCGCCACAGGCGAGGUCCUCUUCUCUGGCGAUAAGCUUUUCUGGACCCAAGGUGUCUUCGAAUUUCGCUAUCACCACAGCGGCAAGCACAAUGUCAUGGCCAUUUCCAGACCGUUCGAAGUCCGCAUCCCUCGUUUUGAAGAGGAAGAUCACUUCGACAUGUCCCAGACCGCUGUCGAAACGAGCCUUUUACCCGUUAUCCAAAACUGCUUCGACCGGGACCCGGAAAUCGCUCCUGAGACCGCGGAGGAACAGUACGGUAGCCUCGUUGACCGAGACGGAAAAUUUGCCAAACGGGUUGUCUUUGCGGUCCAUCAAAUGUUCGGCGUUGAGUUCGCCCCCUUGGUCGUCCGCUCAGACGGCAACGUGCGUAAUCUCGCCUGGAGAAUCUGCAACGCAAAGAGGGUCCUGGUAAGCCUCUACCCUAACCCUUCUGGAACUCUCCUUGGUUUCUCUCUCAAAUCCAACCAAAUGGCUUAG